GAGCAAGCUUUAAGCAAGUAUUCUACAGUGCAUCAAACUCAAAUAUUAAUCAUGCAACCAAUAUUUAAAAUUUGAAUUACUAUAUGAAACUAUAAAUUAAUUUGUCUUUGUUUUUGAUGUAUAUUGGCUGUUGUAUUGAUAUUUUCUGAUGUCAAAAUGUUGCUAAAAGAUCUCAGCUUAAAGAUAGAAGAGUUGAAUAAUGCUUUGUGUUUGAAGCCAGGGGAUAUCAAUAAGAGAAUAAAAGUUCGCAAUAAGAUACACAAAUCUCUAAAAUCGUUCUAUCCAGAGUGUCGACUUUCAAUCUACGGUUCAUCUUUAAAUGGUUAUGGAACAAAUGAAUCUGAUUUAGAUUUACUCUUUUUACCUUAUCCUGAAUAUCAUGCUGAAAAUCAUAGUGAAGUUACCGUUGAUAAAGCAGUUAAUUCUCCAACCAUAUAUGACAUUACUUCUGGCAAAGUAGCGAAAGAAAAACUAUUGCAUAUGGAUAGAUUAAGACAGUUAUGUUUUGUCCGCCGAGUGAUAAGGAAAGACAAAACUUUUCAAAUGGCCUUGCUUAUUCAAGCCAGAUGUCCAAUUGUCCGUUUUCAAAUUCCUUACUUGAAGAUAAGCUGUGAUAUUUCUUGCGGUAGUAGCCAUGUUGUUUGCAAUACUCAAUUACUGAGAUUUUAUAAUCAAAUUGACGAUCGUCUGCAACCUUUAGUGAUAACUCUCAGACAUUGGGGCAAGUCAUUAGGAUUUAUCAAGUCAGGAAUUUUAUCCAGUUAUGCCUUAACACUCUUAGUUGUUUUCUUCCUUCAGAAUGUAGAACCUCCAGUUUUGCCACCUGUUAAACUUCUUCAAGAUCUUUCAGAAUCACCAAUCUUGGCAGACGGUUGGAAUGUUGCUUUCACACUUGAUUCACGUAUAGUGAAAAAAUCAGAAAACACUCAAUCACUUGGUGAGUUACUGAGAGAAUUUUUCCACUUUUGUGGAGAAUUUGAUUUUGCCAACAACAUAAUUUGUCCCAGCUCUGGAAAAAGACUUCCAAUCAAAGAGUUAUUAAACUCCUGUGAUAACAGAUUGAAAGAAUUUGAAAUAUCUUCAAUGUGCAUUCAAGACCCGUUCCUAUUGUCUCAUAAUACCAGCCGAAACCUGAAAUUGCAUUUGUUUUACUUCUUCAGGCAAGCAGUAUUUCUUGCUGUUAAAAUAAUAGAUGGACCAGAACUCAAACAUAAUUUUGAACUUCUAUUCAACAUAGAUGAAUAUAAUAAACUGUGCAAAAAUUGUUUAAUUCCACCGAUGUCAGAAAAAUCUAUAUCCUUCCCUAUUGAUUUUAACUUGCCAGAUUCAUUGAGAAAAAGUGCCUUAGAAAAACGAAAAUUUUAUGAAAGUGUCUGUGAUGCAUUUCUCGAGCUUUUACAAUUUGGACUGCUGAUAGAUAGUGAGAUUGUUAAUAGACCUGAAAUAAGUUUGGAAACCUUUAAAAUGGAGGAUAAAGAUAAUGACUUUCGAUUCCUGGAGUGUAUUCAGUGUGCGGUUUACAACAGGACUUAUGUAGGCCGUGCUAAACUCGAAGACAAAGACAUUUCUGUUGUUGACUGUGAUGCAAAACAAUUCAACAAUUCUAUCAUAAAGCAAGAGUUCAUAACUUCAACUUAUCUAAUCCAACAAAAUCCUCUUUUAACUAGUCCUCAACCAUUUUUCUGGUUUUAUUGUGAUGUCUAUUGGAGUUUUUUGGGCAAAUUAGAAAACCUUAUCAUAGUUUUGACCCCUCUCACAAAGUGGAAAGAAAGUAGAUCAACUUUCAUUUUUCUUCAGUCUUUUAUAGAAAAAUAUCUUCCAAAAGUGGUAUCUAAUUGCGAACCUUUCUUUAAAUGAAAAAAAUUGACUAUCAUCAUCUAAUGAUUUGCAUUUUUCUAAAAGCUGAGGAUUCAUAUGAUGUAUUCAAAACAUAAAAGGCAAAUUAAUAUGUUUAUAUUUGCAGCAUAUCAUGAAAUAAUAAUGACAAAUGUUUUUAAAUCAUACAAGCUGUUAUAUUUCAUAGAGGUAGGGUUUUCCCUGGUGACUUUUUUGUGAAAAAGCAUCCAAAAGCAACUAUUUUUUAAAAAGUUAUGACUUCUUUUACAUUUAGACUAUUAUUUCCUCAUUAAUUGUUGUAAGCGAUAUGUUUUUUAACUCUUUACCUUUUUUCUAAAUCGCGCAACAAAAAAAAUUAGUUUUUUAUGCUUUUAUGUACAAAAUCAGGCAAAUAAAGAAUGACUUUUGCCUACAAUGGUGGAAUUCCUCACUAAUCGCCAUUUUUGUGCUAUCGAUUCAUUUAUCAACUUUGUACUACAUUUUAUCGAUCUUUAAAUUCUUUA